AUGAGGAUCACGCUGGGCAUGAGCCUGGAGGCGUGGGUCCCCACGGAAGCGGCGGCGCCUCCCAUGGCCAUGGGCGCCUGGCGCGCCGGCGAGGUCGUCUGGGGCAACGGCCACUCCUACGUCAUGCGCUGGUUCGACGGCGGCCCGGACUCUGGCCGCAUCCUGAGGAAGUUCGUCCGCCCGCUCCCUGACCCCGCCGUCAAGCUCCCCGCGGACCUCGUCGCCGGCGACAACGUCGAGGUGCUGGACGGCAGCCUGUGGAAGUGGGCCGAGGUCGUGGCCGCCGACCACGACGGCCGGUUCGAGGUCAAGAUCGUCGGCUCGGCCCAGGUCCUUACGGCGGACCGCGGCGCGCUCCGGCCCCGGCAGGUGUACGGGGAGAAGGGCUGGGUGGUGCUCCACAAGGGUAACAAGAUCCCCGUCGAGAGCGUCGUGCCGUCGCGCCCCAUCCCCGGCAAGAACAUCAAUGGCAAGGCCAACAAUGGCAACAACCUCGGAGGCGGCAAGUUCGCCGCGCCCCAUGCCGUCAAGCUCGCGGGCCAGACGACGAUGAAGAGGAGCAGCUGCUCGGUGACGGUGGACGGCGACGUGGCCCCGGAUGCCAAGAGGUUCCACUUUCAUAGUAGCAGCAAGUUGUUCCCCAAGGAAGCACGGGAUGGCAAGAGGUUGCAUAGUAGCAGCAAGUUGUUCCCCAAGGAUGCAGGAUACCCAAGCAAUUGUUAUCUGAUGAAGAAACGGCGGCAAGAGACGAGCAAUGAUCAAUCCUACUAUCAUGAAGAGGCGUGUGAUGUGCUCGGAGGAACAGCAAGAGACAGCAGCGACACCGUCGACGGUUCUAGUAGUAGUAGCACGUCCGAUCGAUCGUUGUCAUCGGCGGAUGGCAGCGACGGAGACAGCAGCAGCAGCAGCAGCGGAAGCAACAGCAACGGAGGCGUUCCUGAAGGUCCGGCCGCCGGCGAGCAUUGCCAAGAAAAUCGAGAAGCGUCGAUCCCGCCGCCGCCGUCGAGCCGCGAGGAAGAGGGGCAAGAUUCCGACGACGGCCGUGCCAGCGUGACAAUGCAGCACCGCCCGGCGGAUGAGGACGAGGAAGAGGCGGUGACGACGAUGAAAGGAAAUCGGCAAGCGGCAGAGGUACAUGAUGACCACGGCCGCGUCCAUGGUCUGGAGCUGGAGGCGUACGUGAGCGUGAUGAAGGCGUUCCGCGCCACGGGACCGCUGAGCUGGGCCAAGGAGGAGCUGCUGUCCGACCUCCGCCUGCACCUCCACGUCUCCGGCGACGAGCACCUGCAGCUCAUAAGGAGCUUAAACGGCGGCAAUAGCAAGACACGAAGAAACUAA